AAACCCUCAUUUUAAUUUGGGCCAUUUCCUCUCUCCCUCCGCAGCGCAGCCUAGCGGAGCUCCGAGCUGAAUGAAUCUAAAUGGCGGCAGAGAGCAGGAGUCGAAUACUGAUAAUCGGAGUCACCGGUAAUCUCGGAUUCGAGCUCGCUAAGGCCAGCACAGCUGCAUCCCAUCCAACGUUCGGACUAGUUCGGGACUCCGCAUUUUCCGAUCCAAAUAAAUUACAGAAGAUUCAAAAUCUCUCCAACCAUGGCGUCCAGAUUAUCAAAGGUUCAUUGCAAGAGGAAGACGGUUUAAUCGAAGCUCUAAAGCAAGUGGACGUCGUGAUUUGCGCCGUUGCGUCAGCGCAAGUCCUUGAUCAGAAGCUUCUGAUUUCGGCAAUCAAACGAGCUGGUUGCAUCAAGAGGUUCUUCCCGUCAGAGUUUGGAGGAGAUCCUGACAGAACUCGAGUUUCCAACUUGGACCAUGGCUUCUAUUCAACCAAAGCUGAGAUAAGGCGACUUGUUGAGGCUGAGGGCAUUCCUUACACUUACAUCAGCUGUAACUUCUUUGCAAGCUUCUUGCUUCCAUCCCUUAUUCAGCCUGGCCUUCAAACUCUGCCUAGAGACAAAGUCAAUAUAUUUGGAGAUGGAAAUGUUAAAGGUGUUUUUGUUGAAGAAAGUGAGGUUGCAGCAUUCACUAUUUCGGCAGUGGAUGAUCCACGCACGUUGAAUAAAGUGCUGUAUCUGAGGCCACCUGGAAACACCCUUACUAUGAAUGAGAUUGUUGACAUUUGGGAGCAAAAAGUUGGUAAGCAUCUAGUCAGAAACUACAUCUCCGAGGAAGAGCUUCUUCAGAAAAUUCAUGAAACUCCAUAUCCAGAAAACAUGCAAAUGGUUUUCAUAUACUCUGUAUUCGUAAAGGGAGACCAAACAUACUUCGACAUCGCUUCAUCGAAUGGUGUGGAAGGAACGCAGCUCUAUCCUCUCAUCAAAUACACCACAGUAAGUGAGAUUUUGGGAGGUAUGUUGUAGCUUAUAUUUACAUAGAUAGCUUCAUUGUUUAUUGCUGUUGCUGUGACUACUUUUAUUUAUAUUAUAAAUCAUAAGUAAGAAGAAAUGGCACCAUGAAUUUGUGUUUUACUAGUAUACACUAUUAAUUAAUUUAAUUUUCAGUUGAAAUCCCAUUUAGAUUCAA